AUGGACCAUUCGGCUGCGGCGGUCCACACGUCUAACGAAAGGCCAUCUGAAUAUUUACUUCCUCAACCCUUGAUUGCAGAGGCUCUAGAUUCUCCAUCAAAUUUACCAUCUACAACUACAUUAACUGUUUUAGUAGUUAAAGAUGAAAGAGGAUAUGGCAUGAAAGUGUCUGGAGAUAAUCCGGUAUUUGUGCAAUCUGUCAAACAAAGUGGGGCUGCAGAAAAAGCAGGCUUACAUAGUGGUGAUAAAAUUAUUAAAGUGAAUGGUGUUAAUGUGACACACUCUACACACACAGAAGUGGUUGAACUUAUUAAAUCUUCCACCCAAGUCGAAUUAACAGUUCAACAAAGGCCUUUGUUUAUAAACUCAUCAAAUCCUAAUUUAACAUUACCACCUUUGCCUUUACCGACAAUGAAUUCUUCUACUGUAUCUCCAAUAACACCGUGUUCUUCUGUAACACCAUCCAGACCUUUGCAUCACCAUCAUUCAGCUCCUGCUCGUGAUCGAAUUACAGGACCUCAACCUGUUGAUGUGGAACAAAUGAGACAUGUUGAACUAGAACGAUGGCAAACAUUCAGAUUAAUGUUAGAAAAAGAACAGAGGUAUGUGGAGGUAUUAAAAAAAGAACUUCAUAGAUCGUCUUCAGAUGUAUCCAGUGGUGAAAAAUAUAAAUUGAAAACAGAAUUGACUGGCGCUGAACGUCGAGUUAAAACACUGCAAGACCAGUUAACUACGUUCAAAGAAGUACCGCUUUGUAAUAUUGUUGCACAAGCAUCUUCACUUCAACCUCCUCCACUACCACCAAGAAACCCACCACCACUACCUCCUAGAAAUCCAACGGCCCCUUUGAUUAGUGAUAAGCAGUCGAAUAAUUCACAUAUCACUGGUGUUAACAAUAGUCAAACUGAUUCUCCUAACCUUUCAUUGUGUCAUCAACGUACAAAGUCAAAUCCUGAUCAACUUAGUGAAGGUAAACCAUUAGGUAGUAAAAAGUUAAGCUUAUCUGAAUCCUUCAAUGACUUGCACUUUGUAAAACACUCCAAGGGUGGAUUAGCUUGGGAUGUAGUAUCACCACCUCGUCAACAUUCUCCUAACAGAUCUCCUGAUGUAGCAAACCCAUGUGAUAAACCGCACAUAGAUAUGAAUAAAUAUGGUGGUGAUCGAUGUUCAGUUGAUUCUUCUGAUCUAAAACUAAUUCAAACUCCAAUAAUUUCAAUGGAGGAUGAUGAAAUUUCUGAUCAAGAAACUAGCCAUUUAGAAGAACAUGGCCCAUUUAAAAGUUUUACUAAAUUAGUAGAACAUAAUGCACAUCUAGCAGUAUUUUUAAACUAUGUUAUAUCAAAUAGUGAUCCCUCAGCUUUACUAUUCUAUUUAGUUACAAAUUUAUUUAAAGAAGGCAAUGCCAAAGAAAUGAAAAAAUGGGCGUAUGAAAUCCAUUCCAGUUUUCUAGUGCCUUGUGCUCCUUUGAGACUGACUAAUAUUGAAGAGAAUCUUGUUCGUGAAAUUGAUGACAUUUUACAAAAAGAUUCGGAUCGUGAAGAAAUUUUACGUAAAGUGUUUUGGAAAGCUCGAACCAAAGCCAAAGAAGAGUUGAAUGAACAGCUGAGCGAUUUUCGUCAUAGACGAACAGCCGGUUUGGGUACACUGUUUGGCCCACCUGAUUUCCAACUUGAUGAUAGUAUUAAUGAUAAAGUAAAAGAGUUAAAAAUAAUUGAAAUGAUUCUUGUUCCUAAUAUGGAACCAUUUAUAGAGGACAUGGACAAAGAGAUUGUAGAUGAUAGAAGAUUUACAAUGGCAGCUGCACUGGCUACAGUUAUGAGUAAAAUAUUUGGGCUUCGGGGAACUCAAUUUAGUUCUCUUUUAGAUCGUUGUCCUACAUUUGUUUCUAAAGAAAAAUCUCUAAAAGCUAAACUUAUUGGAAAAUGUCGAAAAUUUACUAACAAAGGACAUCAUUUUGUCGCUCAUCAGUAUUUCACUGUGACUUAUUGCAAUCAUUGUCAGUUAAUUAUAUGGGGAAUUGGACCACAAGGUUAUCAAUGCACAAAUUGUAUUUUAAAUAUUCAUCGUGUUUGUGUGAAAGUUUUGGAUGAAAACUGUCCUGGUCCAAUAGUGAAAAAAGAUAAAGCCAAUGAUCGCAUUAGUAAACUUAUGGAUAAAAUUCGACCUGAACGUGAAACUCGAAGAAAACCUGGUUUGAACUUUGUUCAAAUUGAAAAAUCAAAGAGACAAUCUGAAGACUCUGGUGAUAUAGUUGGGGCCCUCCCUGAAAAAGACUCCGAUCGAACGAGUUUAAGCAGUAGUAGUUUUCAUUUUAAAAAUGAUGAUAGUUUUAAAUCGGAAAGAGGAGAUACAAGUACAAUUGAAGAAAUGUCUCAUUGUCCAAAACUAAAACCAACAGGAAUCUCCAUAAACCGAUCUGAAAGCUAUAAAGAACGUAUACACCAAAAGCGUCAAAUUCGAGAAAGAAGGAAAACCAGUGAUCCCAAUCUCCCUUCAAAAUAUAAAAAUGAUGUGGAACACGAAAUGCAGUUUUCAUUUGCACGUUCUGAUAGCUCCUCCAAUUCUAAUUUAUCAACUAAAAGCUUGGACAGUCGUAGUACAUCUUUGGAAGGUAUUGGACAAGGUGGAGAGAUGACAUCUUGUUUAGAUAGUGAUUCUGAUGAUGAAUUAGAUUUACCUGAUUGGGCCAGUAAUGUUCCAACUGAAAUAUUGGAUCAGUUAUCAUCUAAAGAGAAAAAACGUCAAGAAGUUAUUAACGAACUUUAUCAUACUGAAAGAUCUCAUAUUCGAGGGUUAAAAGUUUUGGAGCAUGUUUUUCAUCGACCUAUGAGAGAACUGCAGGUAUUACCACAAGACCAACUUCAACUGUUAUUUGCCAACCUUGAACAAAUGUUUGAAUUACACUCUCAAUUUUGUAAUGCCAUGAAAGCAGUCAGGAAAGACAAUCAAGUUGUUCAAAAUAUUGGUCAUGUUUUACUUAAUACUUUUGAUGGAUCUGCUGGAGAAGUAUUUCAAAAAGCUGCUGCUACAUUUUGUGCUCGACAACAAAUAGCUUUAGAAUCUUUAAAAGAAAAAAGGAAAAAAGAUACAAAAUUAAAUAUAUUUUUAAACGAAGCUGAGGGUAAUCCUGUGUGCAAACGUUUACAGUUGAAAGACAUUUUACCUACUGGCAUGAUAAGAUUAACUAAAUAUCCAUUACUAUUUGAAAGUUUGGUAAAAUGUACUUCAAAUGAAGAAGAAUUAUUGAAUAUCAGAAGAUCGUUUGAGAGAAGUAAAAUUAUUUUAAAUCAUGUAAAUCAAGCAGUACGUGAAGCAGAAGACCAACUUAGAUUGUCUGGUAUUCAAAAAAAAUUAGAUGCUUCUCCAUUUGAAAAAGUUGAUCAUCCUCUAAGUGUUGACUAUAAGAAUUUAGAUGUAACAAAACAUAAAUUAAUACAUGAAGGUGGUCUGUGGUUAAGAAUUGGUGGAACUCGUCAAAAAAUGAUUGAACUGCAUGUAUUGCUGUUAGAAGAUCUAAUUAUUUUGUUGAACAAGGUAGAUGAUAAAUAUGUUUUAAAAUAUUAUGGUUUUCAAGAUCGUACUCCUACUUUAAGUCCAAUUAUUAAGAUGUCAACGGCUUUAGUCAGACACAAUGCAGUGGACAAAAAAGCAAUGUUCUUGGUAAACACAUCACUAGCUGGUGCUCAGAUAUAUGAUUUAGUUACAACUUCAUCAAAUGAAAGAAAAACAUGGUUUCGUCAUAUCUCUGAAGCAACUGAAUCCUAUAAAGCUCGUGAAGGAAAAAUAAAAAAACAAGAACAGACCUCUCAUCAUGUUAUUGAUUACGAAGACAUAAUACAGGGUACUAAAAAAAAGUCGGUGACUGAUAAUUGUUCAGAACCUCCUAAUAAUAACAAUAAUAAUAGUUUAAAUAGUUCCCAGUUAUCCACUUCAUUAGACUCUAGUAAUUGUGAUACAUCUAAACAUGGUAAUGAAAACUUUCCAAAUAGUGGUGAAGCAUUGACAAUCGCUAACAGCACUCCUGUGUUGUCCAAAACUCAAAAAAGUCCAUUAAUUGAGCCAUCUGAAGUAUUAGUGUCACAAAGUUCUGUACUCAAAGCCGAACCAGUAAUCACACACCUUGAAAAAUUACGUAGAAAUAAUAGAGUUAUUGAAGAAGCAUUAAAUGAACGUUUACAAUUAGUUGCUGAUAUACUAAAAGUGCCUUUAUCAAUCCCUAAUAAGACAUCUGAUGGUCAGGAAAAAAACAUUUCAGACGAGCCAAACAAAAUUUUAUUUUCAGCAGUUUCUCAGGGAAAUGAAAUCAUCACAGUAUUAAAUGAAUCACUUAGUAUGACUGAUGUCGAUGCUAUUGCCGCAAGUUUGGGAACAUCAAAUUUAACAUCAAAUUGUAGUUUAUACAAAGCCUAUGCUACACAAUUGUCUCGGAUCACUAAAGUAAAACCAAUUGUUGCUUCUUUGAAUUCUCAAAUAACAGAACUUUUGAUAUCAACUACAAAACAUGGUAAACUAGAAGAAGACUUACGUAAAGAACUUCAGACUUAUCGAGAAAGACUACAUGCUUUUCAAGAAAAAUCAAUAGGAUCUACUAAUACUGAAAAUAAUAAAACUGAAAGUUCUGUCAAUAACGCUUCCACUAUCAACAGUUCAGAGAAAAAUGGCUCAUCAUUAGAGGUAUGA